AAAUUUCCACAGGCAAAUGCAGUUACAGCUUUAAUUUGGUUAUCAACCGGUGCCAUAAUUGCAGGACUCGACGAUGGCAAGGUGCGUGCGCUUCACUGUAAAAGCAACAAGUCGCAAAGUUUAUACUCUGCAGAGAGCAUUUGCAUCGCUUUAGCUUCGAAUACCAAAGGCACUGGCUUUCUUUCUGGCCACAACGAUGGCACAAUAAUACGUUACUUCGUCAUCGAUGAUGCCAAUGAAUCUUCAGGUCGACUAGUGCAGCAUCCAGUGCCACCUUUUGCUUUGGCUUGGCCACAAGGUGGAUUUUGUGCUGGCGGUUGUGACCAGAAAAUUGUUUUCUAUGACACUGUGGGCCGUCCAGUGCGCACAUUCGAUUACUCUCGAAAUGAUCGUGAAAUUACUGUUGCCGCCGCCAGUCCUAACGGUCAAGCUGUGGCAUUUGGCAGCUAUGACAAGAUACGAAUUUUCACAUGGAGUCCGCGCUUGUCCGAUUGGAAUGAGAGCGCAACCAAAGAAAUUAUGCACUUCUACACGGUCACCUGCGUACAAUGGCGACGCGAUGGCGCACGCUUGGCAAUCGCUUCUGUAACGGGUGCGGUUAUACUCUUUGAGUCAGUGUUGAAACGCACCAUCUGGCAAGACAAAUUCGAACUGAUUUUUGUGGCACCCAGCCAGCUGCUGGUGAAAUCUUUGCAAGAGCCUGCAGAACAGAUGACCAUCGAAUCGCAACUGGGACUGGAGAUCGACGACGUGCGCAUAAUGGGUAAGGACAACUAUCUGGUUGCACGCACCGAGGACUCGAUGAUCUUGUGUGAUCUGACGCGCAAUUUGGUGAGCGAAGUGCCCUGGACAACAUCGGGGCGUCACGAACGAUUCUAUUUCGAGAACCCGAAUGUGUGUUUGAUUUUCAAUGUAGGCGAACUAAGUCUCGUGGAGUACGGCGAAAGCACGNUUAUAUAAGUAAUUUCUUUCAGGAACAAUAAGAAACUUGCAUUCUUGCUAGACGCCAAAACUAUUUGCAUUGUUGACCUUAUAAACCAACUCAUCAUUGGACAAGUGAAUCACGAGACCAAAAUCGAUUGGAUCGAAUUGAGUGAAACCGCGCACAAAUUAUUGUUUCGCGACAAGAAACUCAGAUUGGUGCUAAUCGACAUUUACACUGGCAAGAAACAAACUUUGCUCUCAAACAUCUCAUUCGUGCAAUGGGUGCCGCAAAGCGAUGUAGUCGUAGCACAAAACAAUAAUAAUUUAGCCGUCUGGUAUAAUAUUGAUCUGCCCGAGCAUGUAACGCUAAUGGCCAUACGCGGCGAUGUUAUCGAAGUCACCCGUGACUCAGGUCGUACAAAUGUGCGUUCACAAGAAGGCCCUGCAGAACACACUUAUCAGCUGGACGAAGGCCUCGUUGAGUUCGGCACCGCAGUUAACGACAGCGACUUCGGACGCGCAAUACACUUUCUAGAGACGCUUGGUGACAAGCCGGCCGCCAAAGCUAUGUGGCACAAUUUGGCUGUCAUUUCAAUCGAGGAUGGCAAUCUUCGCGUUGCGCAGCGUUGUUAUGCCGCCUUGGGCAACGUAUCUAAAGCGUACUACUUGAAUGAAAUGAUAGAAGAAGCAGACAAAUUUGAAGAGACCACGGGUUCUCCCGGUAUUAUGUGCCCAGAAGUGCGCGCCAAACUGGCGCUCUUGAGUUCCGACUUGCGCACGGCAGAACGUAUUUACCUGGAGCAGGGUGAUAUCGAAGCAGCACUUGAAAUGUAUAAGAAACUUCGUAUGUGGGAUGAGGCGCUGAACUUAGCUGAGCGACGUGGCUAUGGUGACCUACAGCAGCUAAAGCAACAGCAAAUGGAGUUUCUUUUAACCACCGGGCAGGAAGAGAAAGCCGGACAAGUGCUGGAAGAGCAAAGCGAACCUGAAAAGGCUUUAAGUCUCUAUUUGAAGGCCAGUAAGCCAGCACGUGCAGCGAGAUUGGCCAUGAAAACACCUCAUCUGAUGGAUGAUCAGCAACUGAUGCUAAAAAUCACAGAAGGAUUAAUAAAUUGCGAACUGUACGAGAUGGCUGGCGACAUUGCGCUCAAACUAUCGCGCCCAGAGGCGGCUAUGGGCUUGUAUCGCAAGGGUGGCGCCUACGCACGCGCACUCGAUUUGGCACGUGAAGUUGCGCCGGAUGACGUCACGAAUUUGGAAGAGGAAUGGGGCGACUGGU